CUGUAUGCUGUUAUCUGUUGUGAGUCUCCUUCUGAUCAUGUCGAUCUUUUUAGUUGGUUGAUGUGCUCGUUACCACAAUUGAAUCCAUUGUUUGGUCCACAAAUACCCAGUCAUAUAGUUCGGGUUCUCCAAAGAGAAUGGCCGCCCGUUACAGGAAUGUGA